AUGCUGUGCUGGGCAGGCGCCAGCCGAUGCUGUCUCCACACCGAGCACGCAACUGCCGAAGUGCAUCAGUCACAUCGGAGCAUGGAUGGCCCACUUUCAGACAGCCUCAUCGACGCAGCCGUCAACGAUGUCGAAUCCUAUUUCGUACAUGCAUGCUCAUCGGAGGACGUGCAUCCUGUGAUGGCCGAGUGA